UAUCAACAGCUGGAUAAAACACCUUUAUUUAUUGAGAAAAUAUAUUUACAAGUAAAAUGGUUCUUAUUCUUAGGUAUUUCAUAGGUAUGUUGUCUAUAAUUAUUUAUGCUUUAAAAUCGUAGCUCAAGUGUUAUUCUUAGUUUUUUCAGCUUUUAGGAGAGAGUGAGAACACUCCGUAUUUCAGGAAGUGUGAUGAACUAUGAUAAAUAUUGAUGCUGAUGAUGUAGUCAUUAUAAUUUUAAUUUUAACUCACAUUUGGUAUUUACUUUUUUUUAGGUGCAUAUUUUAUGAACUUAUCCCUUUUUAGCUAAGAUGCGAUUGCACAUUUCUUAUUUUUACGUAUUUUACAGAAUUGCUAUCCUAAAACUUUCCGGUUUUAUUCCAGAAUCGUAGCCCAAAUAUUUUUAUCGAGCUUUGGAGGGGGACACUCAAAAUUUCAGGAAUGGUACAAGUUAUCGACACUACCGAGCGUGAUAAACGUGAUAUAACGAAUAUUGAUGAUAAUGGCAGCUGUCCCAAAAAAUGUUCUGCCUGGAUAUCUGGAUGAAUGUUUCAUGGACAUACACGCGUAGAGUUAAGAGUAACAAUAAAAGCAUGUUAAGGAUGAUCAAAACCCCCGAUUUAUACAGCAAUAUAUGAAGACGGCAAUCAAACGAACAUCAAAAUUUUUACAGGAUAAAUGUGUGGAUAAUAGUAGUAUGGUCUACUGUCAAUAUAUUGAUGAAGUUUUACGAAAUAUUUGCAGCCAAAUUCCAAGCAAAAGCUUCUAAAACUAACAUUGAAGAUGAUUGCAGGCUGAUACCUGCAGAUCGAACAUCAAUUGAAUCGAUACUUGAAAUGAUGAAAAGGUUAAUAACUGUGGAAUGCUGGCAAUUUUCCAUUGUGCAAAUGAAACCAGAAUCAUGGAGCGACUUGAUUUCUCUUCACCUGAUACAAUUGAUCUUAGCAGUGACGGUUGAGGUUUUCUAGGGGUUUUCCUCGCCCGAGUGCGAAUGCAGUCACUAAAAAACCACUUUCCCCUAAUGAAUAGUUGAUAAAAUGAAAAUUAUACUUAUCCUAUUAAUGAUCAUGUAAUUUUAUAUCAAAUAGUCAUUAAAUAUAU